GGGAGAUGGAGAGGGGCAGGGAAAGUGACCAUCAUUAUGGAGACCAUAAGGAUAGAAGCGACAGAAAGGAACAAGAAUGGGAUAGAGUUGAUGAUCAUGAUCGUCAUCUAAGCAGGUCAAGAUUUGAAGAUCAUUAUCAUCAUCUAAGCAGGUCUAGAUCUGAAGAUCAUGAUCAUCAUCGCCAUAGCCGUCACGACAGGCAAGGUUACGAUAAUUAUGAAAGAAAUCAUGGCCGUGAUGCUGAUGAUUAUGGCAACCUUCGCAGCCGAGAUUAUGGUAGGGGUUAUGAAAGAGAGAGUGAACGGCGUCACAGCCAUGGAUCCCGACCUAGGUCUAAUGACAGAUCCAGGCAUAGAUCAAGGUCUCGGUCUCGUUCCAGGUUAAAGAGGGUUUAUGAUAGUGAGAGUGAAGGGCGUCACAAACAUAGUUGCCGAUCUCGAUCAAGGGACAGAUACAGGCAUAGGUCAAGGUCUCAGUCUCAUUCAGCAUCAAAGAGUAAACGAAUCAGUUUGUUCGACAUGCCACCUCCCCCCGCCGACGUGACGCCCAAUGUGGCUGUUCCAGGCCAGGUACCUGGGACAACGACUGCUGUUCCUGGAAUGCUUCCCAAUAUGUUUCCUUUGGGAGCCGGACAGGUUCAGUUCCCAACUAUUCCAUUGAUGACUGUGCAAGCUAUGACACAACAGGCUAAUCGGCAUGCUCGUCGUGUUUACGUUGGUGGUCUCUCUGCUACUGCUAAUGAACAGUCAGUUGCAAGCUUUUUUAGUCAAGUAAUGUCUGCUAUUGGCGGAAACACAGCAGGGCCUGGUGAUGCUGUUGUUAAUGUUUAUAUAAACUAUGAGAAAAAGUUUGCUUUUAUGGAAAUGAGGUCUGUUGAGGAAGCAAAUAAUGCCAUGGCUUUGGAUGGCAUCAUAUUUGACGGGGCACCAGUAAAAGUUCGAAGGCCGAGUGAUUACAAUGCUCCUUUGGCUGCUGCACUCGGCUCAAGCCAGCCUAAUCCAAAUCUUAAUCUUGCUGCUGUUGAGCUGUUGUUGGGAUCUGCUUCUGGCCUUGAGGAGCCAGAUCGUAUUUUUGUUGGUGGACUCCCAUACUACUUCACGGAAGCGCAGGUGCGAGAGUUGCUCGAAUCAUUUGGAGCCCUUCGAGGUUUUGAUUUGGUUAAGGACAGGGAAACUGGUACUUCAAAGGGCUACGCUUUUUGUGUCUACCAAGAUCUUUCUGUCACGGACAUUGCAUGUGCUACUCUUAAUGGUAUAAAGAUGGGUGAUAGAACACUUAAUGUCCGACGUGCAAACCAGGGAAUUGCUCAGGCUAGACCAGAGCAAGAAAAUAUUUUGUUGCAGGCACAACAACAGUUAGCAAUUCAGCGGCUUGUGUUACAAGUGGGAUCCCGUCCAACCAAGGUUGUGUGCUUAACUCAGGUGGUUAGUGCAGAUGAAUUGAAGGACGAUAAGGAAUAUGAAGAAAUUUUGGAUGACAUGAAGGGAGAGGGUGGAAAAUAUGGCACUUUGGUGAAUGUUGUCAUUCCUCGGCCAGGCCCUAACGGAGAAGCUACAACUGGAGUUGGAAGGGUGUAA